AUGCCGACCAAGCACCCUUCUGCUUGGAGGUUGAACAAAGCCGAGGAGAAGUCAGUAGAAGCUGACCUUGCUGCCUGGGAAGCGCGCCAGUCUCCGGACACGAGUCCGGAAGAGCUGGCACUGAAGCGCUCUGAGGAGAGGAAGCGCCUAGUGCGCGUGAUCCAAGAAGCGAAGCACAAAGCUUCCUUGGAGAAACAAAGUGGUGUUGCAGCCAAAACAAAACUUUCGGCCAAGACUACGCGUUCGGGGAUGACAAUUCCUGAUGCUGCAGACAGUUCACCGCCCUGCAAUGGCGAAUACUAUGAGGCCCUGAAGCAAGACCUGGCAGUGAUUGAAAAGGCCCUGGGAUCCAAGCUGAAGGAGAUGAUGCCACUGCGAUCGGAGAGAAGACAGGGACAGGACGUGUACCAGCUCGAAAAGGCCAAAAUAGCCUUGGAAGCCCAUGGCACGUACAUUUGCAGUUGCAAUCUGUACUGGCUGGACAGCUGGAAGACUCCUGCGCCAGGAGUGCCACUUAGCCGCGCUCGCCUCCAGCAACUGGCGGACUUCUACUUCCCUGCCGAGCGCCAGAACAACUUUUUCCAGAAGUUGUUGGAGGUUCAAGUGGACCAGUCGGCCCUGAGUGACAAACCGACUGGUCUUGUGGUGAUUUCGCCCCUGGAAAUCGUCCACUCCAUUUUCCUGAAGGCAGCUGAAGAGACAGCCGUCCCUGUUGUCAUGGUGGAAGUGCCGGAAGGCGAUGUCUGGGUCCAUGCGCUGAACCGACGCCAGCUGCUGCAGCAAGAGCACGAGAGUCUCACAAGAACGGCUUGGCAAAACGCAGCUGAGUUGUACCACCUCCAGGCUUUGAUGGAGAAGAUCGAAGGAAGGAAACUCACAGAGACCGAGGUCGUGCAGCUCCUCAAAAGUAAACACCUGAUGACAGCCCAGAAGGGCCAGAGCGCCAUGGAGAAUUCCUACUACUGCGAGUGGAAUUUCACAGCGGCGAAGACAAUCUUCGCAAAGCUUCAAUCUGACCAAGUCAUCAGCGACAUUGUCCAGAAACAAGAAUGUUUGAAAGGCUCCGACUCUUGCUUCAACAGCUUGGUAAAGUUGGAAAAGUUGGCUCAGCGACCCAGUUGUGUCGCUUCUCGUCGAUUCAUCUUCCAGUUGAUUGACGACAUGCUGUGCCAUGGGGUCCUGAAGGACGAUGAUUUGAACAAGAACAGCAUGGUCGGCAAUUCGAACAAUGUUGGCCUCAUCCACUUGUUUGAGUUCAAGUGGCGCAGUCUCAGCUACAUUUUGGACAUCAUGGCUGUUCAGGCCAAGCUCGCGGACAAGGAUCGGGCGCUGCUGAAGGAACACCUGUCAGACCCCAAGGCCGCCAGGGAGAACACUGUUGACCAUGUCAGUUGGCAAGCUGGUUUGUCAAAGGCUUCCCUGGAAGCCUUGACCUACAUCCAGGAUGUGGUCUUUCUGAAGACCUAUGACAAUUUGAUCAAACAAGCCAUGAAGCCCAACUCCCACCCGGAGAUCCUGAAUGAGAUCGAGACAGUGCAGGAAGUCUGGAAGGUUGUUUGCAACUUGCGGGACAACGAGCUUGCAGAAGACAAAGCUGCCUCGAAAGCCCUGGAGAACCAGAGUGGAGACGAAGAGGAUGUGACCAGCGAAGCGCGAGGACACAGUGACCUUUUGAAGAUGGCCCGUAAAACGCCCAAUACUUUGCCACAAGGCUCUCCCCAGUACUGGAAGGCGGUCGCCAACCAGACUGUGAGGAUGUACUGUUGCUUCGUGCCUGAGAGCGCCACUGCUGCAAACAUGCUGACCACCAUGGAGCAGCAGAACCUUUCCCCAGGAGAAGUGGGGAAGUCGUGCACCCUGGUUCACUUAGACACCAGUUUGUUGGGUGAGAGUACCGGUCCAGAAUGCCAGGAGGGCUUGAGGAAGGUCUGGCGACCUGACGAGGCGAUCGCGCAGAAGUUGCUUGGCUCUACCCUCGUCGCCCUUGGUGCCCAGCAGGACAAGAGCGGCAAGUGCGGCGCACCUGGUGAAGGAACUGUGGCUGCUGUGCUUGACCCUCUAGGAGUGGUGCCAAAGACUUUCUUCAAAGAUGCUUGCAGCCAGACGGUGUGGGUUUGCUUCAACGAGGAAAGCAUUCGCGCAAGGAAGAAGAAAGUUCGAAGCCAUAGCUACACCCAACGUUUGGAGCUUACACUCUACUCCGAGAAGUCCUUGAGUGUGAUCCUGCCUGAGAAGGCCCGCCAGGUGUACUCUGGUUGGUCCUCUGGAGAUGCCAUCGCCUUUGUGACAGCGUUACCUCCUGCCCAGCUGUGGAAGAUGAGCAGGAAAUACAAGGUGGAUCUGCUGAGCGCAAAGAGGAUUGUCUCUGUGGAAGGCAAGGGCCCUGCUGACUUGGAGGCGCACGAGACUUGCUUCAGCUGCAGCCUGGCCCCUUCCGAGUUUUACACCGAGUUGAUUCAUUCAUACUGCGCCUCCAGUGUGAUUGAUGCCUCGCCUGCUCAAGGGGAGUUCCUCAAGGCUUGCUUGUCCAACCGGACCAAGGCAGUGGCGAUCUGUGGCACUGAGAGCCACGGUGCUUGUCUGGAACUCUUGUUGACAGACCACGUCCUUGGUGAGCUGUCCCGCGAAGGAUCGACUUUCUUUCGCCCUGAUUCUGUGAGCAAAGACGAUGAAGAGGACAAGCAAGGCACCGGACCCAAGAAGGAAGCUGAACCCAAGAAGAAACAGCCGAAAAGAAAAGCAGGAGAAGUCGAGGAGCCUCAGCCCAAGAAAGGACGGGGCAAGCCCAAGAAGGUUGAGAAAGGGGAAGGCGGGGAGGAAGAGGAGGCUGAGGAAAAGCCCAAAAAGAAAAACAAGAAGGAUGCAGAGGAGCAUGAGGAUGGCGAGGAGUCAUCUGAGCUUUGGUGA